UGCCCAUACCGAUCAGUCAACCCACAUCGGAGCACCCGGCAAUGGCCGUGGUCACGGUGGCGGUGGACGCCGUGGUGGCGCUCUUCUCGCUGACCAUGGCCGUGGCGGCGCCGCUGUUCGACUCCCAGGUCGUCCUCCCGCCCGGCCUCUACCCGGCGCCGCUGGUGGGCAUCUUCCGGUGGUUCAUCGCCGAGUUCGGCCACUACGUCGUGGCCGACCCGCCGCCCUUCUUCCGCAGCCUCGUCUGGCUCGACCUCGCCUUCCUCUGGCCGGUCAGCGUCGCCAACCUCUACGGCAUCCUCGCGCGCCGCCGCUGGUCCGCCGCCACCUCCCUCAUGGCCGGCGUCUACAUGCUCACAUACCUGUCUGCCAUGUUUGGGGAGAUGUUGGGUUCAGGGAGAGCAACAAGGAAGCUGCUGCAGCUGUACGCUCUGUUCGUCGUUUUCGCUGUAGCUUCAGUUGCGCGUGGCCUCUGCUGGUGCUCAACACAGGAUACGCCGGCAGGCUCGUCACCUGCGCAUCCUGCUCGGAAGAAGAGGGUCUAGGUCCUUGAGAUCACACAUCAGGAGGAAAUUUAAGUUCUCGUUACUUGAAACUUGGAAAUAUAUAAUAAGAUCUGUACACUUUUUUUUUAAAAAAAACGUUUUAUUGUACACUUUCAGCUUAGGAGUUCUGGAUUAAUCAGCUACUGUAAUCUUUUCUCAAUGUGUCAGCAAUC